CCCCUGUCUCGGUCAAUUCGUUUUUGAUGUCUCCUAACGCAACACUGGCCAGUGGCUAAUCACAUUAGCCUGUCACUUUUUGUGCUUCUAGUGUGUAGUUAUAUUCUUCAUCACUCAUUGAUACUUGCGAGUCCCUGUAAUGCUGUCACCUGUGGAAUUGACACGCUCUUCGACUCCUGCCUCCGAUGAUAUGGCAGCGCACUGAGGAAUACCUUCCUCACUCUGCAAGCCAUGCUCUGCUAUUGUUUUCGGCUGCCGUUUCGUAUCCUGGACCGUUGGCCCGCUCCUCGUGUGCAAAUUGUUUAUCUAUCUCCGACCAUACUGUUACUAAUAGAGUCUUCUUUUUUUGAUUGCUUGUGACGCUUUCAACUACGAUAACCUUUUCUCUCCAUCGUCUCAACUUUCAAAUAGCGAGGGUGGAAGAUGUCUUCUCUCCAUGAGGACUUGCAGCACUCGGGAAUCUUGGCAGAAAAACAACUCUCUUCGGCCAUAGUCUCCUCUGAAGUAGCCCGAGUCGAUGGAGUUAUUAUCGAGCGUUCGGGAAUCUUCGGCCCGCUGUUAUCAAAGCUUUUUGAGAGUGGUGUCGAAGGGAGGGGAGUAGAACGAGUCCUCGAAGACGAACGCGAUGGAACACGUACUUGGAACAUCUUUUUCUUUUGGACUUCCGUGAAUCUUGUCCUUUCAAACCUCUCUGUAGGCAUUCUUGCGCAAGAUAUAUUUUCCCUGACAUUUCCACAUGCGAUCGCGGCGAUAGUGGUCUUUGGUUUCGUAUCAGCGGUGCUCACUUCUCUUGUAGCAACUCUGGGGCCAAAAACUGGGCUUCGUACGAUGAUAAUCGUGCGCUUCAGCUCCGGAUACCUUGGGGGAAUAGUGUAUUCCGUACUCAAUGUUCUAUCUCUACUUGGAUUCGCGGUUACGUGCAUCAUUCUUGGCGGUCAAACUCUCGCAUCAGUAAACGCGGGCUCUCUUCCCCUUGUCGUCGGCGUUAUCAUUGUCUCUAUUUGUAGCCUUAUCCCAUGUUUCAUUGGAUAUAAUGUGGUGCACACUUACGAAAGAUAUGUAUGGAUUCCACUUUUCGUGGUUAUGUUUUUUCUCUGGGGAUUAGGCGGCCAUGCAGGUUUCGGUAUUCAAGCACAGAAAUCCUCUGAGGAAUCGGGACGGACUCUGACUGCAAGUAUGUUGAGCUUUGGUGGAAUUGUUUUCGGAACUACUGCAGGUUGGGCGACCCUCUCGGCUGAUUAUAAUUGCCGGCUUCCAGUGAACACGUCUGCGACGAAAGUUUUUUUUCUCACCUUUUUCGGGAUCUACAUUCCGACUUCUUUCGCCGAAAUUCUUGGUGCGGCAUUGAUGACCAUCACAAAGGCCGGGUAUCCCGAAUCCUUUGAAAGCGGAAGUUUGGGCGGUCUUCUCGGCCAGGUCCUGAUGCCUUGGAAGAGCUUCGGAAAGUUUUUGCUCGUGGUUCUGGCUUUAUCUGUGAUCGCUAAUAACGUACUGAACACUUACUCCGUCGCAUUGUCUAUCCAGGCACUUGGCCGUCCUUUUGGAAAAAUACCUCGCAUAUGUUGGACUGUCGUUGGGUGGAUUAUAUACACAGUGGCGGGCGUUGCAGGCCGAGAACAUUUCGCUGAGAUUCUAUCCAAUUUUCUAGCAAUUCUCGGAUACUGGUCCUCAUUCUUCAUUCUCGGCGUACUCGAAGAGCACUAUAUAUUUAGGAGGCAAACUGGGUCGCUUGGUGGGUAUAACCUAGACGACUGGGACACUCCCGGAAGAUUACCAGUUGGAAUUGCUGGUAUACUCGCAGGAUGUUUCGGUGCUCUGGGGGCCAUCAUCGGGAUGUCUGAAGUUUGGUAUACCGGUCCGAUAGGGAAAAUAGCUGGCAAUGCGGACGUGGGAUGCGAGCUCGCGAUUGUGUUUUCUGCUAUAACCUAUCCUCCGUUAAGAUGGCUCGAAAUCAGGAUAUUUGGAAGAUGAUGAUAUCGACUUCGAUACGUGAAAGCGGCAGUAUAGAGGUUAUUUAUGACAGGAUUCCCCAGAUGACUAAUGUCCACCUUCGUCGCCUCACUUCCUAAUUGGCGUCGGGGUACCAAUGGCAGAAUGUAUGAACAUAAAGUGUAUUUGUCUAUGUCAAUGACAGCGAGAAUUGAAUAUGCUCCGAACAGAAAGGGUGCUAUAUUCAUCCGCUAGCCAUACCACU